AUGGCAACAAUAAAGCUACUCCUAUCUCUCCUCCCACUCCUCUCCACAAUUGAAGGAGCCUGCAAGUCAGGAGCCCUAAACCAGUUCGAGCUUGCUAUCCUGGACAAGCACAACUCACUACGAACCCUCCACCAGGACACCCCCGACCUGUGCUACGGGGAGAGCGGUGAGGACGUCACCUUCACAGCAGAGUCCUGGGCCCAGGCCAUGGCUAAUGCCAAGACCAUGCAACACAGCACGGGGGGAAGCUAUGGUGAAAAUUUGGCGUACGCUGGAACCACGGGGACAGUCCCUGGACAGGAAGAAGCGUACACGAAAUCCACGCAAGCAUGGUACGACGAGAUUAAAGACUGGGACUUUGGGAAGAGUGCCAGCAAGGGCGGAGUAACGGGGCACUUUACUCAAGUGGUUUGGAAGGCAAGCAAGCAACUGAACUGUGGCUACGCUACAUUCCAGAACCAAUACAACUCCUACUAUGUCGUGUGUCAGUAUUAUCCUCCUGGUAACUACGGUGGUCAGUACGCUGCUGAAGUAACCGGAGUGAAGGAGGAGGGAGAGGGAGGUAGUGGUGCUGGUUUACGGUUUAACAGCGCAGUUACCGCCUUGGUCGUGCUGCUUGUAACCGUGUUGUACUUGUAG